GAACCUUGGUGCGGACUUUUUUCAGGGGGGAGUGCUGGGGCGUGGGGUACGUCGAGCGCGACUCCGAACUGCUGGGCGGCGAGUUCCCAGAGUGCUGCGGAUCUUGGGCAAGGGGCCAGGGAGGUCGACCUGCCAUUGCGGCACGCAUCGCCAAGCAGGGCCUCGAGGCAGGUUUCGCGUUCAGCGUGAACUGCACGGUGCUAAGCGAUGGCGACCUGCAGCUGUCGCCUGUUCGCGAGCUCGAUCCCAUCUACCGUGCCACGGUUGACCCUGUCUGCAUGCUUCAUCGUGUUGUGCGGGGCGGGUGGCUGUCACUGUCCAUCCUGUCAUCGGUGCUGGAGUGGGCGUCUGCGAAUGUUACCUCCUGGUCUCAAGUUCGCGGACCGAUCAGUGCGGCCUCCGUGUCCCUGCUUCGGGUCGGCUGGGCUGUCGCCAGUCUCAGCGCGUGGGUCAACUCGACGAACGGUGUCGUGCACGAGCCGCUGGACUGGUCGCCGUGGUAUACCAAGCAGCCG